AUGGAUGAUGAAGAUGAACAAAGUAAAAAGCUAAAGCGUUCGUCUACGAGUAGUGCUGCCAAUGCAGAAGCAAAAAGAAUGAAGUUUGCUUCGGUGGAUGCUUUAUCAGAGUUAGUGUGGUCUCCUCGCAACGGUCUAAGCCUAAGAUGUGCAGAUUUGAGUUUCCCGGGAAAGGCAAAAUUACUCUUUCCUAAUUUCUUUGAUGCUAUAGGAGGACAAACCAACAACAACAUGGAGGUUCAUGAGAAAAGCACCACCAGUGUCGAAGAUGUCGAAUUGAGAAGGCAAGAUGAAGUGAAUAGACCAUUGCCAGGAAUUGGUGGUUCCGUUGAGGAGAUGAAACCUGAAAGAGAAGAGAUGGUUGUUGAGGAUAAUAAAGUUGAAGUUAAUGAUGAUGCAGAGAGUGAAGAAGGAAGUUCCAAGAGAUCUUUAGAUAGUCCAAAAGCUCUUGGAGGAGAAAGUGGUGGAUGUCAAGAAAAACCGGUUUUGAAUGUUGAUAGUUUAGAAGCAACGGAUGAGAACGACCUUGCAACUCCUGCGGUUGGAGCUAGUAAUGCUGCUUUGGUGGCAUGUGAGGGAAAAGGAGAAUGCUUGCCGGAGGAUGUGGAAGAAGCUGGAACCAGCGGUUCUUACAAGCGUCGUGCGGUAGCGAAAGGGAAAGAAAAAGCUUUAUCUGAUGGAAACUUUAAUGGUGGGGAUGGUGAUGAUGAUGAUGAAGAGAGUUUUGGGAGUGUAGAAAGUUGCAACAGUGCUGGUCUGCUCUUAAGGGGAAAGAAAAGAGCUGGGUUUGAGCAGCAGCUGAUUCUUGGAAGCAAACGGCUUAAAUCGUUGAGUCGAGAAUGUUUGGGAUCAACUUCGAAGCUCAAGCAAGAUAGUUCCUUUAUGAACUGGAUAUCAAACAUGACAAAGGGAAUUUGGAAAGGUAAUGAAGAAGAUGACUCUCCUUUUGCAGCUCUUACUACUAAAACCUCAGAUGCUCCUAAUGUUCAAGUCAAUGCGAUCGUUGAUCAACAGCAUUUGAAGGAGAAUCGAAACACCGGUUUCCAGUCUUUUUUCCAGUCUAUAUAUUGUCCAAAGAAAACAACUUUAGAAGAUGUCGUGGAGAUGGAUUCCAAGAAUGAUGCUUCUUUGCAGGAACAAUGUCUCAGUACCAGACGAGGAGAUCACUUUUCUUCAUCUGGUAACGAGAUUGAGAUUGCUCCGGUGGCUGAGCACAACAUUUCAUCUGGAAAAGUUGGAAUUAACCAGACUAGUGAAGCAUUCUCUUCCGGGAACAAACUCGAGGACAAAGAGCUAAACAUCUCCUUGUUGUCUCUUAGCAAGUCCAAGCCUAAUGAAGAGGAAAAGCCCUGUGGUGAAGCUGAUGAAAAGGUUAUCACCAACAGAAACUCUGGUCUUGAGAGUUUGUGGAUAAGCAGGUUCUCUUCUAAAAGCUCUUUCCCUCAGAAAAAGGAUCUUCAUGAGAGAAUCACCAAUGACGCGGCCAAAGAUUCAACCUCGCAGAAAAUGUUCAAGAAUCCGAACAAGAUUCUUCCCAUAGUUUCUUCACUGAGGAUAGAGUCCUCAGAAGCAAUGGCUUCUUUGUUUGCAAGAAGAAUAGAAGCACUCAAACACAUCAUGCCUUCAGGUUCUUUAACCGAGAAUGCAGAGGAAGGACAGGGACCAAUAUGUUUCUACUGCGGUAAAAAGGGUCAUCGUUUACAGGAGUGUUUGGAAGUGACCGACACUGAGCUCAGAGAUCUUGUACAGAACCUUAGUGCUCGCAACGGAAGAGAAGAAGCGUCAAGUCUUUGCAUUAGAUGUUUUCAGCUAAGUCACUGGGCCGCAACGUGCCCAAACGCUCCACCGCACAGCUCAGGAGCUGCAGAUAGAGCGACGAAGCACGUUUUAGCUUCUACCUCUGGCACGAAACUUCCCUUUAGAGACUUCGAAGAGGUACCAAAGGCGGUCUUUGACGCUGUUCAAGUCCUUCGCUUGACCCGCACAGACGUUCUCAAAUGGAUAAACACCAAGAAGUCUGUGUCCGGUCUUGAAGGGUUCUUCUUGCGGUUAAGGCUCGGGAAAUGGGAAGAAGGUCUUGGAGGAACAGGGUAUCACGUUGCCCGCAUAGAUGGGACCAUAGAGAGACAAAGCUCAAGCUCAAGGAAACAUUCAGAGAGUAAUAGCUCAAUUUCGGUUAAGGUUGGAGGGAUGACUUGCUUUGUUGAGUCUCAGUUUAUCUCAAACCAUGACUUUCUUGAGGAGGAGUUAAAGGCAUGGUGGCGGAGCGCUGGAAAAAGUGCCGGAAGAAGUGGCGGUGAUGGUAUCCCGUCGGCAGAGGAACUUAGUCGGAAAAUUCAGCAGAGAAAGAUGUUAGGCUUUUAG